AUGGCGAUUCCAGUGACGAGAAUGUCUGUUCCUCAGACACGACCAUCGCCUCGUUUCUCGUAUCCGAACGCAGGUCGCGUUGAUUUCCUCUGUCGCUGUGCUCCAUCAGAACUCCAACCACUUGGGCCUGAACCACUAUCUUUGUCUGUCGGAAUUCACGCAAUCCCACAUCCAGAUAAGGUGGAGAAAGGUGGGGAAGAUGCUUCCUUUGUGAGUAGCUAUAGAGGAGGAGUCAUAGCUGUUGCAGAUGGUGUCUCUGGUUGGGCGGAACAAGAUGUUGAUCCUUCCUUGUUUUCCAAAGAACUCAUGGCUAAUGCUUCUCGUCUAGUUGAUGACCAAGAGGUCAGAUAUGAUCCUGGUUUCCUCAUUGACAAAGCGCAUACCGCAACUACUUCCAGAGGUUCUGCCACAAUUAUUGUAGCCAUGCUUGAGGAAAUGGGUGUUCUGAAAAUAGGCAAUGUUGGAGACUGUGGACUUAAGCUUCUUCGUGAAGGUCAGAUCAUUUUUUCGACUACUCCACAAGAACACUAUUUUGACUGUCCUUACCAACUAAGCUCUGAGGGAUCUGCUCAAACUUAUCUAGAUGCAUCGUUUAAUAUAGUGGAAGUAAAGAAGGGAGAUGUGAUCGUGAUGGGUUCAGAUGGACUUUUCGAUAACGUGUUUGAUUAUGAGAUCGUUUCGAUAGUGACCAAGCAUACCAAUGUAUCAGAAUCAUCGAGGUUAUUAGCUGAAGUGGCAAGUAGCCAUUCAAGAGAUCUAGGUUUUGAGUCGCCAUAUGCAUUGGAAGCAAGAACAAAGGGGUUUGAUGUUCCUCUCUGGAAGAAGGCACUAGGAAUGAAGCUUACAGGAGGGAAGCUUGAUGAUGUCACUGUGAUUGUUGCUAAAGUUGUUAGCUCUUGA